AUAAAUAUUUUGUUACUCAACCAGCUAAAACUUUCGAUAUUGCCAUCAUGUGUUCUUCAGUCUAGCUGGGGCACUCACUGCAAGCACUCGCUCAGAGCCACGCUCAUGCGCAUUGACGGCUGCCUGGGCAAUUUGUCAGUACUCGUGGGAGAAUUUGGAUAUCACCAUUUUUAAUAUGGAUGAGUCUACAAACAUCACAAAUGCAGUAACCCCUGAUUUUGAUGUGUAUGGUGCCAUGGACUGGAGUGAGGGUGUUGGGACCUUACCUGGGAGUGAGCUAAAGUUUAAGGUGAAUGAGUUUGGAGUCUUGGAGGUCCUAACAGAGGAGGGAGAUGAUGAGAGGGUGAAGAAGUCUCAUGCUACCACUACAUGGGCAGUGCCCACUGUUCAGGAGGCCCUGUCAGACAGUGCGUGUGUGGCGGUGAAAGAGGAGAGGCAGGAGGGUCAGUGGGCCCAGAGAGGCCUGGUGUGUGUGCGCUGCCAGAGGAAGGGCUCCCCCGUGGAUUUCCUGUCUGACUGCCUUCACUGCAGCGAGCGCUGUCUGCAGCAGGACCAGCAGGAUGAGCUGAAGCUGAAGAAAGAGGUGUCUAAGAGCAAUGGGGAGGUGGUGGGGGUCAGCUAUAAGAGGCCUCUGCAGCAGUACAAGGAGAGCCUAGCUGACAAGAUGGACACCACAGAGGUCCUGCCUGAGGACCAUGAUGAGGACUAUGAGGAGAAAGACAGCAGGAAGACGACGCGUGGAGCUCCGCGAGGCAGGAGGAAGCGGAGGGGGGAUGCAGCCCUGCUGAGACACACUGUUCCAUAUGGAGGGAAGAAAAAGUCUUGGUGUUGGGCCUCCUAUCUGGAGCAGGACAAAGCCAUCGCUGCCCCCACUAAACUGUUCAAAGAGCACCAGGCCUUCCCCCAGAGUAAGAAUGGAUUCCGGGUGGGGAUGAGGCUGGAAGGUGUGGACCCAGAACAUCCCUCCAUGUACUGUGUGCUCACUGUAGCUGAGGUUUCAGGACACCGAAUACGGCUUCACUUUGACAAGAACUUGGACUGCUAUGACUUCUGGGUGAAUUCCAACUCUGCAGACAUCCACCCUGUGGGAUGGUGUGAGAAAACAGGACACAAGCUGCACCCCCCCAAAGGUAUGAAGGAUGAGGAGUUCGGCUGGUCGUCAUACAUCAAACAGAGCAAAGCCCAGGCAGCUCCCAAGGCCCUGUUUGAGAAUCAGAACACGACUGUCACCCCUUUAGGAUUCAGAAUUGGGAUGAAGCUGGAGGCCAUUGACAAGAAGAACCCCUCCUUCAUCUGUGUUGCCACAGUAACAGACAUGGUGGACAGUCGAUUCCUGGUGCACUUUGAUAAUUGGGAUGAGAGCUAUGACUUCUGGUGUGAUGCAACCAGUCCCUACAUCCACGCAGUGGGCUGGUGUCAAGACAACGACAGGAUUCUUACGACUCCUCCAGGUUACCCCAGUGUCAAGGAUUUCUCCUGGGGAAAGUAUCUGGAGGAGACCAACUCAUCACCGGCCCCUGCCAGGGCUUUCAAAGGGAAACCCCCCCACACCUUCCUGCCACUCAUGAAGCUGGAGACGGUGGACAAGAGGAACCCCAUGCUUGUCAGAGUGGCCACCGUGGUAGACACUGAGGACCACAGGAUCCAAAUCCAUUUUGACGGCUGGACGGAUAAGUAUGACUACUGGGUGGACACAGACAGUCCAGACAUCCACCCUGCGGGCUGGUGUGCUAAGACAGGCCACCCCCUCCAGCCCCCGAUCAGUCCACAGGAGCUGUUUGAGUCAUCAGGGCAGGGCGGAUGUCCCACCCCAGGGUGUAAAGGUGUGGGCCACAUCAAAGGAGCCCGCUACUCUGGCCACCACAGUGCGGUGGGAUGCCCAUACUCUGAUCUCAACAUCAACAAGGACUCAGUGCUGCCAGACCGUCUGAGUGGUGAGAUGCCAGGGUCAGGAGGACUGGGCCGACCCCGACGGGCAGAACCCAACCCAGAGAACCACCCAGCUCUAGCUCUCACUGCAGACAAGCACUUAAGCGCCAACACAAAUCACCUGGAAAAGCCUGGCAGGGGUGAGAUGGCUGUCAGCGGCAUGGCGAAACCCGUCGGCACAGAGCCCAAGAGGAGGGUUGGGCGGCCUUGCAAGCAGAAGAAGGUAGAGGAGCUGGUGGAGGAUGAGGAGAUGAAGAGUGAGGUGCCAUGCAUAAUUGAAACCAAAGAGCUGACACUACAGGAAGCCCUUCACCAGUCAGUGUUCAUGCCAUGCACCUCGCCAUCCCCCAGCAGCACUCCUUUCUGCUGGGACCAGCACAGCAAGCUGCUACCCACCGUGGCUGGCAUCACUUCAAGCAAAGUGGCUGUGUGGACAGUGGAGGAGGUGAUUGAGUUCAUCCAAGGUCUUCCAGGCUGUAACGAACACGUGCACACUUUCAGAGAUGAGCAAAUAGAUGGUGAAGCCUUCCUUCUGUUGACUCAGGUUGACCUAGUGAGGAUCAUGAGCAUCAAGCUGGGUCCAGCCAUAAAAAUCUACAACUCAAUCUUGAUGUUCAAGACGGCAGAGGAAUCGGCAUGUAAUGAGCUCUAACGAAGGUCGGAGGCCACUAUUUUUACCCUGAGCAGAGCAGAGCCAGGAGAAGGAAGUCUACAGAUAAGGAUGUGAAGCACAAAGAACCAUUCUUCUUCCCAGAGGAAGCAAACUGAAUGCACAUGUGAAUUGCACAAGUUAUUUUUUUUAAGACAGCCAUAUUGCGUACUGCGAAUAUCCAAUGUGAUUGACUCAUUGGAGAAAUGUCAUUUUCAAUCAUCAGCUCUAUUAUGUGUAAUAUUAUUGUACAGUAUAGGCUCUUUUUAUAUUAGUGUUGGGGUGGUGCCACGAGUAUGCUCGUUCUAACUAAAAACUAAAACUGGAAAUGUAGUGCAAAUGCGUCAGAUUUCCUUUGGUGCAUCACAAUCAGCAACUGACAUUUUCAUCAUGUAGAAAGUCCCAUCUGCACAGGGCUUUAGCUGUUCCGGUCUCUGGGAUGCUGAUGUCAUGCAGGUCAGAGAGAUUCUAACUGAGAAUGGAAGCUCAGUGAUUCCCUAGGUGAGUGGCACAGAGAAAUUAAUACAUUCAUUAGAAAGUCCUCAUGCUUUAAAAAAAAUCCUUGUUACUUCUGUCUGGCUGCUGGGGUGGUGGUGCUGGUGGUGCUGGAGGACAAGGCUGUAUAACUGAGAGAAGAGAGGGAUUUUUAUUAAUUCACCAAACCAACAGGAACCAUACUGUAAAACAAGACAUCAGGCCCUGCAUUUAAUUUCCCUUUUGGUAAAUGCACCCACCUAUUAUGCUUUAUGGAUAGCCAUAUACAGUACCUGUAUAAAGACCAACAUAGGUCACCUUGGUCUGGUUUCCCCAGUGUAUUGUACAGUCAUCUCCUCAUCAGUACUGUUCAGGCCCUAUGAAGCAGUGACAAGUGUCUGUUUACUUUAAGGUACUAACCCCAGGGAAGGGGUUUGGUUGAAUGAAUUAAAUCUAAAAGUCCAUAUAGACAAUUGUAUUUCUUUACGUGGACUGUUGUUCACUUGUUUAUUUGCAUUCGGGUGGUAUUCAGACCCCUUGACUUUUUCCACAUUAUGUUACGUUACAGCCUUAAUCUAAAAUGUAUGAUUGAGUGUAGAUUCCUCGUCAAUCUACACACAAUACCCCAUAAUGACAAAUUGAAAACAGGUUUUUACAAAUGUUUGCAAAUGUUUAAAAAAAAAAAAAAAAACAGAUACCUUAUUUACAUAAGUAUUCAGACCCUUUACUAUGAGACUCAAAAUUGAGCUCAGGUGCAUCAUGUUUCCAUUGAUCAUCCUUAAGAUGUUUCCACAACUUGAUUUGAGUCCACCUGUGGUAAAUUCAAUUGAUUGGACAUGAUAUGGAAAGGCACACAUCUGUCCAUAUAAGGUCCCACAGUUGACAGUGCAUGUCAGAGCAAAAAACCAAGCCAUGAGGUCGAAGGAAUUGUGUCUAGGCACAGAUCUGGGGAAGGUUACCAAAACAUUUAUGCAAAAUUGAAGUUCCCCAAGAACACAGUGGCCUCCAUCAUUCUUAAAUGGAAGAAGUGUGGAACCACUAAGACUCUUCCUGGAGCUGGUCGCCUGGCCAAACUGAGCAAACGGGGAGAAGUGCCUUGGUCAGGGAUGUGACCAAGAAACCGAUGGUCACUCUGACAGAGCUCCAGAGUUCCUCUGUGGAGAUGGGAGGACCUCCCAGAAAGACAACCAUCUCUGCAGAACUCCACCAAUCAGGCCUUUAUGAUAGAGUGGCCAAACGGAAGCCACUUCUCAGUAAAAGGCACAUGACAGCCCACUUGGAGAUUGCCAGAAGGUACCUAAAGAACACUCAGACAAUGGGAAGCAAGCUUCUCUGGUCUGAUGAAACUAAGAUUGAACUCUUUGGCCUGAAUGCCAAGAAUCACAUUCUGCAGGAACCUGGCACCAUCCCUACGGUGAUGCAUGGUGGUGGCAGCAUCAUGCUGUGGGGAUGUUUUUCAGCGUCAGGGAAUGGGAGGCUAGUCAGGAUCGAGGGAAAGAUGAAAAGAGCAAAGUACAGAGAGAUCCUUGAUGAAAACCUGCUCCAGAGUGCUCAGGACCUCAGACUGGGGCGAAUGUUCACCUUCCAACAGGACAACCAUUCUAAGCACACAGCCAAGACAACGCAGGAGUGGCUUCGGGACAAGUCUCUGAAUGUCCUUGAGUGGCCCUGCCAGAGCCCGGACUUGAACCCGAAACCUGAAAAUAGCUAUGCAGUGACGCUCCCCAUCCAAUCUGACUGCGCUUGAGAGGAUCUGCAGAGAAGAAUGUGAGAAACUUCCCAAAUACAGGUGUGCCAAGCUUGUAGCGUUAUACCCAAUAAGACUGGCUGUAAUCACUGCCAAAGGUGCUUUAACAAAGUACUGAGUAAAGGGUCUGAAUACUUAUGUAAAUGUUAUAUUUGACUUGUUUUAUUAUAAAUUUGCAAAAAUGUCUAAAAACCUGUUUUUGCUUUGUCAUUGUGGGGUAUUGUGCAUAGAUAUUUUAUUUUUUAUUUCAACUUUACUUAAAACGUAUUAGGGCAACAUCCUCUGACAUCAUCCGCUGAAAAGGUAGAGCGCAAAAUUCAAAAAUAUUUUUCCGAAAUAUUUAACUUUCAUACAUUAACGUGUGCAAUACAACAAAUUAAAGCUGAACUUUUUUGUUAAUCUACCCAUCGUGUCCAAUUUCAAAAAAGGCCUUACAGCGAAAGCACAACAUAUGAUAAUGUUAGGUCAGAGCCUAGUCACAAAAACACAUACAGCCAUUUUCCAGCCAAAGAAAGGAGUCACAAAAAGCAGAAAUAGAGAUCAAAUUAAUCACUAACCUUUGAUCUCCAUCAGAUGGCACUCAUAGAACUUCAUGUUACACAAUACAUGUAUGUUUUGUUCGAUAAAGUUCAUAUUUAUAUCCAAAAAUCUCAGUUUACAUUGGCACGUUAUGUUCAGUAAUGUUGUGCCUCGAAAACAUCUGGCGAAUUUGCAGAGAGCCACAUCAAUUUACAGAAAUACUCAUCAUAAACUUUGAUAAAAGAUACAAGUGUUAUGCUUGGAACUUUAGAUAAACUUCUCCUUAAUGCAACCGCUGUAUCAGAUUUCAAAAAAUCUUUACGGAAAAAGAAAACCAUGCAAUAAUCUGAGUCCAGCGCUGGGACACAAAAACAAGCCAUACAGAUACCCACCAUGUUGUGGAGUCAGUAAAAGUCAGAAAUAGUGUUAUAAAUAUUCACUUACCUUUGAUGAUCUUCAUCAGAAUGCACUCCCAAGAAUCCCAGUUCCACAACAAAUGUUUGUUUUGUUCGAUAAAGUCCAUAAUUUAUGGCCAAAUACCUCUUUUUGUUAGCACGUUUAGUUCACAAAUACAAACUCACGAGGCGCGGGCAAGUCCAGGCGGAAGUUCAGACGAAAAGUUCAAAAAGUUAUAUUACAGUUCGUGGAAACAUUUCAAACUAUGUAUAGAAUCAAUCUUUAGGAUGUUUUUAACAUAAAUCUUCAAUAAUGUUUCAACCGGAGAAUUCCUUUGUCUUUAGAAAUGCAAUGGAACGCAGCUACCUCUCAAGGGUGCACGUGUGAUCAUGGCCUUCUGCCAGACCUCUGGCUCAAUCAGCUCUCAUUCUCUCCUCCUUCACAGUAGAAACCUCAAACAAGGUUCUAAAGACUGUUGACAUCUAGUGGAAGCCUUAGGAAGUGCAAUAUGACCCCAUAGACACUGUAUAUUCGAUAGGCAAUGAGUUGAAAGACUACUAACCUCAGAUUUCCCACUUCCUGGUUGGAUUUUUCUCAAGUUUUUGCCUGCUAUAUGAGUUCUGUUAUACUCAGACAUCAUUCAAACAGUUUUAGAAACUUCAGAGUGUUCCCUAUCCAUAUCUACUAAUAAUAUGCAUAUCUUUGUUUACUCUGUUUACUCUGGGCAUGCUUUUCAUCAGAACGUGAAAAUGCUGCCCCCUAUCCCAAACAGGUUUUAACCAGGUAGGCCAGUUGAGAACAAUUUCUCAUUUACAACUGCGACCUGGCCAGGAUAAAGCAAAGCAGUGCGACACAAACAACAACACAGAGUUACACAUGGAAUAAACAAAUGUACAGUCAAUAAAUAACACAAUAGAAAAAAUCUAUAUACAGUGUGUGCAAAUGAGGUAAGAUUAGGGAGGUAAGGCAAUAAAUAGGCCGUUGUGGCGAAGUAAUUUAGCAAUUAACACUGGAGUGACAGGUGUGCAGAAGAUGAAUGUGCAAGUCGAGAUACUUGGGUGCAAAGGAGCAACAACAACAAAAAUAACAAUAUGGGGAUGAGGUAGUUGGAUGGGCUAUUUACAGAUGGGCUAUGUACAGGUACAAUGAUCUUUGAGCUGCUCUGACAGCUGAUGCUUAAAGUUAGUGAGGGAGAUAUGAGUCUCCAGCUUCAGUGAUUUUUGCAAUUCGCUCCAGUCGGCAGCAGAGAACUGGAAGGAAAUGCGGCCAAAGAAAGAAUUGGCUCUGGGGGUGACCAGUGAAAUAUACCUGCUGGAGCAGGUGCUAUGGGUGGGUGCUGCUAUGGUGACCAGUGAGCUGAGAUAAGGCGGGGCUUUACCCAGCAAAGACUUAUAGAUGACCUUGAGCCAGUGGGCUUGGCAAAGAAUAUGAAGUGAGAGCCAGCCAACGAGAGCAUACAGGUCACAGUGGUGGGUAGUAUAUGGGGCUUUGGUGACAAAACAGAUGUCACUGUGAUAGACUGUAUCCAAUUUGCUGAGUAGUGUUGGAGGCUAAUUUGUAAAUGACCGGUAGGAUAGUCAGUUUUACGAGGGUAUGUUUGGCAGCAUGAGAGAAGGAUGCUUUGUCGCGAAAUAGGAAACCGAUUCUAGAUUUCAUUUUGGAUUGGAGAUGCUUAAUGUGAGUCUGGAAGGAGAGUUUACAGUCUAACCAGACACCUAGAUAUUUGUAGUUGUCCACAUAUUCUAAGUCAGAACUGUAGUGAUGCUGGGCGGGCGGGUGCGGCCAGCGAUCGGUUGAAGAGCAUGCAUAUAGUUUUACUUGCAUUUAAGAGCAGUUGGAGGCCACGGAAGGAGAGUUGUAUGGCAUUGAAGCUUGUCUGGAAGUUAGUUAACAAGGAUUCAAAGAAGGGCCAGAAGUAUACAGAAUGGUGUCGUCUGCGUAGAGGUGGAUCAGAGAAUCACCAGCAGCAAGAGCGACAUCAUUGAUGUACACAGAGAAAAGAGUCUGCCCGAGAAUAACGUUUUUAAUUUUUUUUACCCCGUUUUCUCCCAAAUUUCGUGGUAUCCAAUUGUUUAGUAGCUACUAUCUUGUCUCAUCGCUACAACUCCCAUACGGGCUCGGGAGAGACGAAGGUUGAAAGUCAUGCGUCCUCCGAUACACAACCCAACCGAGCCGAACUGCUUCUUAACACAGCGCGCAUCCAACCCGGAAGCCAGCCGCACCAAUAUGUUGGAGGAAACACCGUGCACCUGGCAACCUUGGUUAGCGUGCACUGCGCCCGGCCCGCCACAGGAGUCGCUGGUGCGCGAUGAAACAAGGAUAUCCCAAACGGCCAACCCCUCCCUUACCCGGGCAACGCUAGGCCAAUUGCGCAUCGCCCCACGGACCUCCCGUUUGCGGCCGGUUACGACAGAGCCUGGGCGCGAGCGCAGAGUCUCUGGUGGCACAGCUGGCGCUGCAGUACAGCGCCCUUAACCACUGCGCCACCCGGGAGGCCCCGGCCUGAGAAUUUAACCCUGUGGCACCCCCAUAGAGACUGCCAGAGGUCUGGACAACAGGCCCUCAGAUUUGACAUACUGAACUCUGUCUGAGAAGUAGUUGGUGAACCAGGCGAGGCAGUCAUUUGAGAAACCAAGGCUGUUGAGUCUGCCGAUAAGAAUGUGGUGAUUUACAGUGUCGAAAGCCUUGGCCAGGUCGAUGAAUACGGCUGCACAGUAGUCUUUUAUCGAAGGCGGUUAUGAUAUCGUUUAGUACCUUGAGCGUGGCUGAGGUGCACCCAUGACCAGAUUGUAUAGCGGAGGUACGGUGGGAUUCUAAAUGGUUGGUGAUCUGUUUGUUAACUUGGCUUUCGAAGACCUUAGAAAGGCAGAGUAGAAUAUAUAUAGGUCUGUAACAGUUUGGGUCUAGAGUGGCUCCCCCUUUGAAGAGGGGGAUGACCGCGGCAGCUUUCCAAUCUUUGGGGAUCUCAGACGAUACGAAAGAGAGUUUGAACAGGCUAGUAAUAGGGGUUGCAACAAUUGCAGUGGAUAAUUUUAGAAAGAGAGGGUCCAGAUUGUCUAGCCCAGCUGAGUUGUAGGGGGUCCAGAUUUUGCAAUUCUUUCAGAACAUCAGCUAUCUGGAUUUGGCUUAAGGGGAAAUAUGGAGGCUUGGGCAAGUUACUGUGGGGGGUGCAGGGCUGUUGAUAGUCCAAGCACAGCUGGGGCUGAAGCGGCAACGGUGAGAGACUUGUUUCUGGAAAGGUGGAUUUUUAGAAGUAGAAGCUUGAAUUCUUUGGGCACAGACCUGGAUAGUAUGACAGAAUUCUGCAGGCUAUCUCUGCAGUAGAAUGAAACUCUGCCCCCUUUGGCAGUUCUAUCUUGUCAGAAAAUGUUAUAGUUAGGGAUGGAAAUAUCUGGAUUUUUGGUGUCCUUCCUAAGUCAUGAUGAAUCGGCGCGGCUCCGUGUUGACAAAGGGUCCAGGCCAAUUGGCAAGAGAAGUGUUGUAGUUGGUGUACUUAGUUUGCUAGCUGGGAGACAGGCCUAGCUCGGGGCUAACUGGCGCAUGCUUCUGGACAAGGGUGUUAGCAACAAUAGCUCCAGAGCUUGCGUCAGGAAUCUGGUGAUGUAGUUGAAAAGAGCAGUCCGAUAUGAUCAGAGCUGGUAUCACGCUGUGCAGACUGGCAGGUAUUAUCCGGGCUAUCCAGGCUAAAACGGCAGGAGUCCGAGCUAGAGGUAAAGACCGCUAGCAGAGGCUAACAAUGACUAAAUAGCUAGUAGCUAAUUAGCUGGCUAGCCUGUGAUGGCGGUUCUAGUUAUAAGGUCUAAAAAAAUAGCUGAUCCGUACUACAUUGGGUGAGGCGGGUUGCAGGAAUGUAUUUAUUUUGAAAAUGGACAAAAGAGAUUGAAAUGUACACAAAAAAACUGAAAAAGACCAUAUUUACAUGGGAUGAAAACAAACACAUCUUACUGUUGUGCCAUCUUGGAUUUUUUUUUUGAUUAAGGGGAAAAAACUAUCUAAUCCAUUAUAGAAAAAGGCUGUAACGUAACAAAAUGUGGAAAGAGUCAAGGGGUAUGAAUACUUUCCGAAUGCACUGAGAACUUGCAUUUAAAGCAAUCACUAAAUAUAAUUGAAUGGAUACAUUGCUGAUCAUCUCAAAGAGCAUACUUAGUGCCCUUGAAAAAAGUUGACUGUAAUAUGCUAUUUCUAUUUUCAAUGGGCUUUACUGAAGCCUAAAGAGAAAAUGUUUUGCUUUUAUUGAUUUAAUAAUGUUUUUUCUUUCUUGUCACACCAGUGAGUGAGACUGCUGUGUACAGAAUUAUGCAAUGCAAUGUAAAUGAGAAAAGAGCUUGCCAUUUUUGCAGUGUAAUAAUGAUGAAACCUUUAUUCCACCUGUAUUGAUUCACAAAUAAAUACAACGAGAAGUACA